GUAAUAGGUGCAUAGGUAUUGUGUUUUUGGCGGCUUGCUUGGCCGCAGUCUUGUCCGUUGUCUGACCAGAGAAUUAGUGUAAUUCUGCAGAAACUGUAUUGUAGUUUUUUCGGAAGGACGGACGUGGCUCAUAUUUCUCUCUAAAAUGGGGCUGGAAAACAUUGGCAUGUUCCUGCAGAUUUAGUAGCGUAACGAGGACCUUAAACUUCAGACGAGCCCACAACAGCCCUGCUGUGCUGGAGAUACUGGCUGCAGAUUUCACCAGCAACGAACGGAUUUCAAGUGAUAAGGUUGAAGAUGUCUAACUGCACCCUGAACAUCACCGACACAGUUCUGCACCUGCAGACGGCCACUUCGAUUCCCACCUUCAUCCUCGGGGUCCUGGGAAACAUAUACAUCCUGGUGAUGUUCUGCCGGCGUCCCAGAGCGGACUGGACCUACAUGAACAUCUACAUCACCAACAUGGCCAUCGCCGACUGCAUUCUGCUGGUGUUCCUGCCCGUCAAGAUUCACUACUACAACAGGCCAUUGGAAGAUGAGUUAAAGGGACUGUGCAAUUGUGUUUUGUCGGUUUAUUACAUCAACAUGUACGUGAGCAUCUUCAACCUCACCGCGAUAAGUGUGGUGCGAUACGUGGCCAUCAAGUAUCCCAUGAAGUCUAGGGUUAUUUUAUCCCGUAGGAACGCUCUGGUGGUUUGCGUGCUCAUUUGGGUCACCAUUUGCUCCAUCAGCCCGGUUUACUUCGUGACGGACUCUGAUAAUGAUAAAAAAAUGUGCUUUCAGAGGGUCAAGUCAGGUUUGUCGUUGCAUUUCGUCCUGCUGUUGAUCAUCGUUGGGUUCCUCUUGCCGUUCCUGAUCAUACUGUACUGCUCCGUUAGGAUCAUUUGCACACUGAGGAAACAGUUGGACAUCGGAACCCGUUCUGAAAAGAUCCAAUGCAUGUUUAUCAUCGCGGCCAACCUAAUUGUGUUCGUCAUAUGCUUCCUCCCCGUUCACUUAGGGUACUUCGUUAAAUACGUCGUGCAAAACGAGGAGGACUACAGCUGCUCCGAUAAGAAGAUCGCGCACAACUUCUUGCACUCCGCUCUCUCCAUUUCCAGCAUGAACUGCGGAUUGGACUGCUUCAGCUAUUUUUUUGCCACUAAAACCUCCUGGAAUAUGUGCAGCACAAACCAAAGUGAAAAAAAACGUGAAUCUAUUUAUAACACAGUUGAUAGCACGCCAUCUACUUAAAGGAGUUCACUUUAACCUGUUAACGGUCACCCACCCUUUUUUGAAUAGACAUGAAAAUGCACAUUUCGAUCUUAAAUGGUUGUAAUUCAAGAAUGCUUUGGAAUAUAGACAUAUGAUUGGUCUUGUUUUAAAGAAGACAUUUGGCAGAUUUUUGUAGAAGUGAAAUAAAUUAAGAAAGUGAAACAGAAAAAAAGUUAUAGAAGUUUGAGUUUAAGGAAAUGUACAAUGUAAAAAUAUUAAUUAUUCAUAUUUUACAUAAAAUAUAUAUUUUCAAAACCUGGGCUACUCUAAAA